CUUCACGCCUCUUCUACACUCCUCCUCGAUUACGACCGACUGUAGUUUAAUGUCGAACGCAUGGAAAGUGUCCGCAUUAACGGAUGUGCUUUCAACUCCUCCCCGUCUGCGACCGGCUCUUCUCGCCGUUCAUGUCGAAUAGUUGGCUUCAACCACAGAUGAAAUGACCAACUUUCGGUUUGCCAGGAUAACUUCCCCUUCACUGUAGUCAACCUUAAAAUGAAAUCUGGCACUUUGAAAACGAGAUCCUCUUACCUUGACGAACUUUUUUCGAACUUUUCAUGAGACUGAAUUUUGGAUGACAGUUUGAGGAAACCAGGGCGGACCAGAAGGACACAUUAUGGCAAUAUGUGGCAGACGGAGUCGGCCCAAGUUCAUUCUGUACGUUCUCGGGGCGUUUGUAGUGGGAUAUUUAGUGUUUCAUAGGAACACACACAGUGACGUCGGACUGGCAAAUCGAAGAGAAGUUACAGUUCAGGAGCCCAAAAAUCUGGACGAGGAAUUCCUGAAGAAACCUGUUUACGAGAAGCCUCCUCUAGACACAAAUGCGUUGGGAGAGAUGGGUAGAGCUGUUAAACUGGACCUGAAUGAAGAAGAGAAGCGAGAGGAGGAGGAGAGCAUCAAAAAACACCAGAUAAACACUUAUGUGAGUGAUAGGAUAUCAUUACACCGCAGGCUGCCUGAAAGAUGGAAUCCACUAUGUAGAAACCUGAAAUAUGACUACCUGAGCCUGCCGUCAACAUCAGUAGUGAUAGCAUUUUACAAUGAAGCCUGGUCCACACUACUGCGGACAGUGCACAGUGUCUUGGAAACAUCGCCGGACCUGCUGCUGACUGAAAUCAUACUGGUGGAUGACUACAGUGACCGAGAUAAUUUAAAGGAGCCUCUAGAGAACUACAUCGCCAAUCUCAGAAAGGUGCGUCUGAUCCGUGCAAGAAAGAGAGAGGGUUUGGUGCGAGCACGGCUCCUGGGGGCGUCCAUUGCCACAGGAGAAGUCCUGACCUUCCUCGAUUGCCACUGUGAGUCUCAUGAAGGCUGGUUGGAGCCUUUACUCCAGAGAAUAAAGGAGGAGCCUUCAGCUGUGGUGUGUCCAGUGAUUGAUGUUAUUGACUGGAACACCUUCCAGUACCUGGGCAACCCUGGAGAACCUCAGAUCGGAGGAUUUGAUUGGCGAUUGGUGUUCACGUGGCACACUGUCCCAGAACAUGAACAGAAACGAAGAAGUUCUGCCACUGAUGUCAUCAGGUCUCCUACAAUGGCUGGGGGGUUGUUUGCAGUCAAUAAGAAGUACUUCCAUUACCUGGGCACAUAUGACACAGGAAUGGAGGUGUGGGGUGGAGAGAACCUGGAGUUCUCAUUCAGAAUCUGGCAGUGUGGAGGGAGUCUGGAAAUACAUCCUUGCUCUCACGUUGGUCACGUCUUUCCGAAGCAAGCGCCAUACUCGAGAAGAAAGGCCUUGGCCAACAGUGUGCGGGCAGCAGAAGUCUGGAUGGACGAAUUCAAAGAAGUGUAUUACCAUCGCAGCCCACAUGCUCGUCUGGAAGCAUAUGGUGAUGUGACGGACAGACGGAAACUCCGAAUGCGUCUCGGCUGUAAAGAUUUUAAGUGGUUCUUGGAGAACAUCUACCCUGACAUUCAAGUCCCAGAGGACAGGCCUGGAAUGUUUGGCAUGCUGAAGAAUAAAGGAAUGGUCAACUACUGCUUUGACUACAACCCACCUGAUGAUCAUAAUAUGGCCGGUCACCGGGUCAUUCUUUACUCUUGUCACGGCAUGGGACAAAACCAGUUCUUUGAGUACUCCACACUCAAAGAGAUCCGUUAUAACACGAGGGAUCCUGCAGGCUGCGUCAUGGCUGAUCCAGUCUCCACAUUCCUCACCAUGAAUCACUGCAGUAAAACCAGGGAAGCUGUGCCUGAAGACCAGAAGUUUCUGUUCAGAGAGGACGGCUCUCUCUACCAUGUUCAGACGCAGAAGUGUGUUGAGGCAGUAGCCCGGACUGACACUGGGAGCCCUGGCCCUGUUCUCCGGCCCUGCUCCGACUCAGACUUCCAGAAGUGGUUCUUUGAAUUGAGAACAUAGUAAAGGUUCUCUAUACACUCUUCACCUGCACUACAGUUCAAAGGGCAUUUCGUAUCUGACUUCACACCAGCUUAUCAAGCAUUCCAGUUCCUCCGUUAAGGAUUGACAGUGCCUUUCUGCUACACGACUUGCACAGUAGUAUGUUUUAAUGAAUUAACAUAUUCGAUUUGAAAAUUUUGGGAUAGUGUAUUAAAAUUCAUCAUUCAUAAUAGAGUUGUUCAGUUUGUAAUCCUAAAACCCUGAGAAGAGUGUUCCAUUUUCGUGCCAUGAUUGUACUCUAAAAUUUCGAUGUAAAAUAAUGUAUGUGUGCUACAACAUAAUCUGCUGUUCAAAAGUUUGGGGUCAGUAAGAUUUUAUUUUUAAAGAAAAUAUUAUUUUUUACUGAGCAAGGAUGCAUUAAGUUGACCAUAAGUGACAGUUUAGACAUUAAUAAUGUUACAAAAGAUUUCUAUUUCAAAUAGAUUCUGUUCUUUUGAACUUUGAUUUACCAAAUAAUCAUAUUAAGAAUAUUAGAACGAUUUCUGAAGGAUCAUAUGACACUGAAUACUGAAUAUUUAACUUUGCCAUAAUAGGAAUAAAUUAUAUUUUUAAAUAUGUUAAAAUAGAACACAGUUUUUUUCAAUUGUAAUAUUAUUUCACAAAAUUACAGUUUUUUUUUUAAUGGUGAGAAUAAAAUAUUUAUUUUAAAAAACAUAAAAAUUUCUUACAAGCUCCAAAUUUUUAAACAUCAGUGUAUGUUGUAUAACCAAAUGUGAAAGUCUUAAAAUCAGAGACCUUAUUUGAAUCAUAAAUCCAAAACUGGUAUUCUUAAAGCCAACAGGAAGUUCUUGAGGAAACACAUGGUGAAUUAGUCUUCCAGGUUGGCCCGCACAUAGACGUUAUUGCUAAACAAGAUAUCACUGUAUUUAAGCGCUCAUCAUAACCUCUGGGUCUCUCUGUCGCAAUUGACAAUCAUUACCAUGUUACAAGAUGGUCAUUUGAGUUAUUUUAAUCAGUCAGUGCUGCCAGCUCCAUCUGCUGGUGUCUCAUCCUCCCCUGCUAUUCUGCAAAGUAGCUUCUAUUUAUUCAAAAUCUUGACAUAUUUAGUUACUAGUGACUAGCAUUUAUAAAAAUCCUCUGUAUUCCGGUUCCUGAUGUAAGUCAGAUUUCGCUUGCACUGGUUGUGUGUGUAUUUUUGGCUGAGUAUUGAGGUUAGGCUCAGAUGAGCAGCAGGUGCUGGCGAUGGCGCUGCUGCCGUUGUCUUUCCAACCACUAGAUGGUGCCAAAUUCUCCGUUUUAUUCCAUGUCCUGCUUUGUCCUCCAUGUUUUAACAUCAGCUCUUAUUUAGAUGUGUGUAAUUU